AUGCCCGCCCGAAGAAUGCCCGCCCGAACCAGGUACGUCGUCUGCCUCUACUUUGAUUCUGCGGAUGGUUACUUGAGCGAUAUCGACCUCCUCCGACUAAUGCUGGACAUGAUCCAUGAUGGCGAAGCCAUCAUAUCGCGUAAUGCGCAGAGCUCUCGCCUUUGCUUGUGUAUCCCAGUGAUUGUUGACAUCGAAGAGAACCAAGAAAUCCUCAACGCCGCACACAAUCAGGUUUAUGUGUGGAUUCGCUCGCUGGCUACUCGGGGAUUUCCAUUCAACCGACGUGCCAUCUUCUCACGCGUCGGCUUGUCCAUUGACUCGGUCCUUUCACUCGUUGGCGUCUGUGGGCAAGUCGCGUCGUAG